GUCCGACGACCCGUCAGCUAAACAGUAUGGACCAGCAGAACAUCCAACGGCAACCUGAACCACACAGAAAAACAGGAGGAGGAGGAGGAGUAGAAGAGGAGGAGAAGAAGAGGAGGAGGAGGAGGAGGAGAAGAGGAGGAGGAUAACGAGUCAGCUAAACCGUAUGGACCAGCAGAACAUUCAAAGGCGACCUGAACCACACAAAAAAGGAGGAGGAGGAGCAGAACGAGGAGGACGAAGAGGAGAACGAAGAGGAGAACGAAGAGGAGGAGGAGGAGGAAGAGAACGAGGAGUACGAAGAGGAGGAGGAGGAGGAGGAGGAGGAGGAGGAGGAGGAGGAGAAGGAGAAGAGGAGGUGGAGGAGGAGGGGUCAGCUAGCAGAACAUCCAAGGGUGACCUGAACCACACAAACGACGAGGACGACGAGGAGGACGAGGAGGACGAGGAGGGCAAGAAAGGGAAACAAGACAAUGAAGAGAUGGGUAGGACAGAGAACAACGUCAAUAUGGUGGUAAUGGCGAAGGACUGGGAAGACGUGUCAGCACAUUAGAAGAGAUCGUUACGCGGAUCAACACUAAGCACCAGGCGGAUGAGGCACGGGAGCGGGCGAUGUGUGAAGAGGAAGAGAGAAAGAAGCGAGAUAAGGAAGAGGAACAACGAAGAGAAAUGGAGAAAAAGAACAGAGAAGAAUUUCAGUCGUCUAUAAGGCAGGAAUUGGCUGCGAAAUUGGAGGUAGUAAGAGAGGCUGUCGACGGCAAAAAAACUGCGGAAAGCGAAGAAAUGGCGAAACCCGAGCCUUCAACAAACGAAUACUUAAGUG